GGAGGAGGGGCCCUGGCGGAGACUCGUGGCUCCUGCCUCUGUUUACAAGCCUUGUACUCUUUUAAUGUCAGCCUGCUCCUUUUCCCCGUCAAACUGGAGAGAGAGAGAGAUAGUCAGAACGGAACGGCAGAGCUCCUUCUCCCCUUCAGACAGAAAGAGAGAUAGUCAGAACGGAACGGCAGCGCUCAGAGGACACACGGAGCCGCUCUCGAUACAAACUACAGCAUGGCUAGGCGACCGAGACACAGUGUGUACAGUAGUGAGGAAGAUGAUGAUGACAGUGAGAUGUAUGAACAUGACUAUGAUGGACCGCUGCCCAAGCCAAGCAAACGCCAUCUAGGCAAGACACGCUGGACACGAGAAGAGGAUGAGAAGCUGAAGAAGUUAGUAGAACAUCAUGGAUCAGAAGACUGGAAGCUCAUCACUAGUUUCCUACCUAACCGUACAGACGUUCAGUGCCAGCACCGCUGGCAGAAGGUUCUCAACCCAGAACUCAUCAAAGGACCCUGGACCAAGGAGGAGGACCAGAGAGUGAUUGAACUAGUCCAGAAGUAUGGAGCCAAGCGUUGGUCCGUAAUCGCCAAGCAUCUGAAGGGUCGGAUAGGGAAGCAGUGCAGAGAGCGCUGGCACAACCACCUGAACCCCGAGGUGAAGAAGACUUCCUGGACCGAGGAAGAGGAUCAGAUCAUCUACCAGGCCCACGAGAAACUGGGCAACCGCUGGGCCGAGAUCGCCAAACUGCUGCCUGGCAGGACUGAUAAUGCUAUUAAGAACCACUGGAACUCUACGAUGCGUAGGAAAGUGGAGCAGGAAGGUUACCUUCAGCACGCCGCCGCCAAGUCUGUCCACGCAUCCCUCACCGUCUCUCCCGGUUACGCCAAGGCCAACAACCUUUGCUUCUCUCACCACUCCCCUCUCCCGCCUCUCUCACCUUUCACAGGGAACCACUCCUAUAUUACGGACCACAGGGUGCCCUUCCCCCGAGGGCUGCACGUCAACAUCCUGAACAUUCCACAGCACGGAACAACUGCUAUACAGAGACAUUAUAGUGAGGAGGACCCAGAAAAGGAGAAGAGAGUGAAGGAGAUUGAGCUGCUGCUAAUGUCAACAGAGAAUGAGUUGAGGGGACAGCCUGCACUACCUAUCAACCCGUACUCCAGCUGGGCAGGUAGUGACAGCUCAGAAGGCGUGGCCACAUCGUGCCAUCACCACCAGGCCGCCGGCCCCUGCCUCCCCGAGGAGAGCGCCUCGUCCUCACGCAGCAACAACAGCAACAAUAACAACAACAACAACAGCAGCAGCAACAACAACAACAGUCACCAUGGCAGCCACACCCUCUCCAACCUCCCGGAGUUCAUGGAGUCAGUCAUCGACUCGUUUCUCAACCAAUCGGCGAGCCCGGAAAGCUCAGACAGCGACAGCCUACCAAUGAGCUCCCAGAAACCCCUGCUGGCCACGCCUCUACACCGAGACCACACCCCCCGACCCCAGAAAAAGAAUGACAUGUUUAGGACUCCUACUAUCCGUCGUUCCCUCCUGGAGUUGUCUCCUCGUACUCCGACCCCCUUCAGGUCUUCCAUGGUAGAGUGUAUAAAACAGGAACCUAUGGAGUGUGUUGUCUCGGUCGGGGACCAACAGCCAACCCUAAAGAAGAUCAAACAAGAGGUGGAGUCUCCCUGUCUGCAGUGGAAAGGGUCAGACCUCCCUACCCAGCUCUUCUCCCCCUCUGGCCCCGUCCAGGAAGUACCUGAUCUGCUGACACGUUCUGUGCUGAGUGAUGACAAACCCUACCACCUCUCCCUCCGGCCCCUGGCCAGCCCACUACAGCAGCUCAACACAUGGGACCAAGUGGCUUGUGGGAAAGUGGAGGAUCAAGAACAGAACCACAAAUACAUCCACACUUACUCUGCCAGAACCUUGGUUAUGUAACACACACACACACACACACACACACACACACACUGGAUACAACGGAUCAAAGACCUUGUGUUUAUUUCUAUUUCAACUUGUUUUUGUAGAUUCUGUUUUUUUAUGCUUUGUUGUUUUAUAAAACAGGGAGAAAAUGAUGUGCCUAUAAUUCAAUAAUAACUGGGCUAUAAUUCUUAAUAAUCCUAAAUUGUAAUAUUGUAAUAUAAAGAACAAGUUGAUUAAUUUAUUUUGUUUUGUUUUGAGGAAGACUGUUUUUUUUUUUUUAUACAACCGGCCAAUCGAGCAGUGUUUUUGACUUCAGUAUUUGAACCUUAACCCCUAACCCUUGACCCCUAACCCCAGGCCCUAGCAUUAUAACAGGUUAAAGUUUUUUUUUUUCUAAGUGCAAAAAAGAUGAUUAUGAAAAUGAAUUAAACGACCCCCUCUGUAUUUCAGUCAUAAUAAAUACACUUAUAAGAGUCCGAGGACAGGCCUUUACAAAACAUCACCAUGCCUUAUAAUGCCUAUAUGAGUGUUAACAUGUCACUGCUAGACAUUACAUCAUACGUCAGCUCCUGUGUCAACCUUACGAAUGGUUAUGAAUGAUCAUGUGAUGCUGUUUCACCCGUAUUCUGAUUAGUCUUGUCUCCUAUCUUGUCUAUAUACUGUAUCAUACGGGAAACAUUUCCAUUCAACAAAAUCUAUUAUUAUUAUUAAUAUUAUAAUGUUAUUACUUUUGUCCUAAAGUCUUUACACUGAGUUUACUACAGAUGCAUCAAACUAUGACCCCUAGACCCUACGGCCUGUGAUCGACCCCUAGACCCUACGGCCUAUGAUUGACCCCUAGACCCUACGGCCUGUGAUCGACCCCUAGACCUAUGAUCGACCCCUAGACCCUACGACCUAUGAUUGACCCCUAGACCCUACGACCUAUGAUCGACCCCUAGACCUAUGAUCGACCCCUAGACCCUACGACCUAUGAUCGACCCCUAGACCUAUGAUCGACCCCUAGACUUUACGGCCUAUGAUCGACCCCUAGACCCUACGACCUAUGAUUGACCCCUAGACCUAUGAUUGACCCCUAGACCUAUGAUCGACCCCUAGACCUAUGAUCGACCCCUAGACUUUACGACCUAUGAUCGACCCCUAGACCCUACGGCCUAUGAUCGACCCCUAGACCCUACGACCUAUGAUCGACCCCUAGACCCUACGACCUAUGAUCGACCCCUAGACCCUACGGCCUGUGAUCGACCCCUAGACUUUACGGCCUAUGAUCGACCCCUAGACCCUACGACCUAUGAUCGACCCCUAGACCUAUGAUCGACCCCUAGACCCUACGACCUAUGAUCGACCCCUAGACCUAUGAUCGACCCCUAGACCCUACGACCUGUGAUCGACCCCAAGACCUAUGAUCGACCCCUAGACCCUACGGCCUAUGAUCGACCCCUAGACCCUACGACCUAUGAUCGACCCCUAGACCCUACGACCUAUGAUCGACCCCUAGACCCUACGACCUAUGAUCGACCCCUAGACCUAUGAUCGACCCCUAGACCCUACGACCUGUGAUCGACCCCUAGACCUAUGAUCGACCCCUAGACCCUACGGCCUAUGAUCGACCCCUAGACCCUACGGCCUAUGAUCGACCCCUAGGGUUCUAUGGGUCAAUUGAAGAGCGGGCCUACGAGCUGAACCCAGUAACAUGUUUUAAAGCUGCACUUGAUCGAGAACGUUGUUAUUUUUCUAGAUAUUGAUAAGAUUACUACAAACGUGGGCCCACAGGAUACCAAUGUUUUGGUUAAAAAAAAACCCCGCUGUGUUUCAGAAAAUACUUUUGAUACUUUGUCUGUUUUGUUGUUGUUGUUGUUGUUUUGUACCGUCUUUGUAAUCUAACGCCACGAUACUAAACCAUGUCGUGUGUGUCAGAUCGAAAAACACUCAGCAGUGUUCUCUCUUAUCUUGUUUGAUGCCCUUUUUUACAUUUUUAUAAAAGCAUUUCCAGGUUUUCAUGUGUUUUUUCAAUAAAGUCUUUUUAAAAAAUCA